AUGGUGGUCGAGCAUGUUAAUCACGAUGGAGAAUGGCCUGCCAUUCAGAAGAAGGCGGGGACUCAACGACUUCUUGUGGCAGAUUUCUAUGCUGACUGGUAAUUUUUCAGCCUUUUUUUAACAUAUUUAACGUCAUAGGUGUGUACCAUGUAGAAUGAUAGCUCCUCAUUUCGAAAACCUCUCUAAUCAAUAUAAAGACGCCGUAUUUGCCAAAGUGAAUGUCGACAAAUGUUCUAGUAAGGCUUUUCUAUCAAUUUUUUAAAACAUUUAGUGCUUGCCAGAAUGCAUAACGUUCGAGCUAUGCCAACCUUUGUAUUCUUUAUUGACGGUAAGGAAGUUGGCCGAGCACAAGGAGCUGACCCAAGAGGCUUGGAAAGUCUAAUACGACAACAUUAUAAACCUGUUGAGCCAGAAAUCCAAAAUCCUAAGAAGGCUAAUGAAGAAGAGAGGCGGUUUUUACAUAAGAACAUCGUGUCCGUUGUGGAACUUGUGAAGCAAUAUGAAGACGAAAUCAAUCAGACCCUAGCUUUAUCCGUUAUCCCAUUUGAGAAUAUACAAGCAAAAUCUAAGAUAAUUGAAACUGGCGUUAUCUCUGAGGUCUUGCUUGCAAAAAAUCUGAUGGUUUGGUUCCAUGAUGAAUUUUUCCGUUGGAUGGAUCAACCAGAAUGCGUGACGUGUUUAAAAAAAACUACAUUUGUUGGUAGGUGGUAGAUUUUGACUGUGUCCCGGGGCAAUGAGUAUUGACAGGAGAAGUACACCAAGUUCGAGGCUCAGAUUUUGAUGAAACUUGGCACAAAUUUAGAUAAUUUCUUUCUAAGGCACAUGCGAGACCCUAGCUUGCGCUUUGCAGAAACGACCGAGAUUUUUAGAUCGGAAACUUUUUUACGAAUUUUGGCAUCAAAAAAUUCAUGCCUAUUUCUUCCGUAGAGGGUCUGUGUUUAUACUAAAAAUAAAUAUUUUCUGCACAAAACUAGCAAACACAAGGCGAUAAAGCGUUUUUUUUUCUGACUGCUCUCCGCGUGUCGCGCGCUCUAUCGGCCACAAAGAUCGUUAAAUAUCCCGGGUGCCUCUGCAAAGGGCGUGCUAAAAUUUUGAGGAGUUGAUAUAUGGCUACACGACGUGUUUGCAAAAAAUUUAAAGAAAAUCUGAGUGUCUCACUUGGUGUACUUCCCUUGUGAGUCAUAUUUUUUUAAAUUACCUGUUUAAAGCUUGGCUUCAGAAAUCAUGUAUCAGUCUGACGGGAAAAUAACGGCGGAUCGUCGCAGCAAAAUGUCUCGCCUCGCCGCUAUCGCGCACCAAAUCACAAGCCGCGGCUUGCCGUCGCAAAGCGAUGAUGAGCGACUCCGAGGCGCGACGAUCCGCCGUUUUUUUCCCGACAGACCGAUACUGUCCUUCCGGAAAGUCGCCGGACGGAAAUCGGCGACAUGCACUGUGAGAAAAAACUCAGGGUGCGAGCGACAGCUCGAAAAAGCUUAUUGCACAGUGCAAAAAGCCAAAAAUUGCACAGUGCAAAGUGAACUUUCGUUUUCGCGGAGUGCAUGUCGCCGAUUUCAGUCCGGCGACUUUCCGGAAGGACUAGUAAGACUUUGUUUGAUGUUUUCAGAAAGUAGUACUCCUACUUACGAUGAAAAACAACGGGGAGCAGAUCGGGUAGAAGUAUAUAAUUGCACUCAAUGUAACCAAAGGUAUCGUUUCGCUCGUUUUAACAAUCCGGCGACAUUAAUUGAAACCCGGGAGGGUCGUUGCGGAGAAUGGGCCAAUUGUUUUGCUCUUUGUUGUCGAGCUAUAGGACUCGAAGUCAGAUACGUUACGUGCACCGAAGACCAUGCUUGGGUAGAGGUGUUUGAUCUUGAGAGUCAGACCUGGAUUCAUCUGGAUCCCUGUGAAAAUGUGAUAGACACCCCUUUACUUUAUGAGAAAGUAAGUACAAUAUUUUUAUUCAACGAAUUCUCAGGGUUGGAAAAAAACAAUAAACUACGUUUUCGCCAUUUCUAAAGACCAUGUUCAAGACGUUACUUGGAGGUAUACCUUCCAUCAUAAGGAGACGCUUCAGCGAAGAAAGGCUGUACGAGAAUUGGUUUUACUCAAUUGUCUCACGGUAUGUAAGGUUGUCAUGGUUAUAAAAACUGAUUAGAAAUUAAAUCAACGCCUUCAAAAGGAACUUCCCGAGGAACGACGCAAUGUUCUACGUCAUCGCCAACUACGGGAAGCAAUCCAGUUAUUAAACCCCAAACUCAGUCUCAGAGAAGGAACCGAACAGGGCCGGAAGAGCGGUGGUGUGGCCUGGAGGUUAGCACGGAUGGAAAUGAAGCAUGAACCGGUCGAAAUAAACUUAACCGAAGCCGAAAAAGAAGCUAAACUGUUCGUGUACGUGGCUUUUCAACACUUUAAUUUAAUUCUCCGUCCUAAUGACUUGUCUAAUUGUAGGCUAGAAUAUGACAUUGUUCAGGACGCUUAUUAUCGUCAGAACAACAAAGACGAAGUGACCAGAGGGCUCUUUUCUUACCUUAAAGAAGCGAGGAACAUUCAAAGGAAGGUUGAGAAAGACUGGAAGGUCGCCUACAUCUGCCGCACUGAAGAUAGCAAAAACGGGGAUUUGUCCUGGAGGAUUAAUUUAGAUGGGAUCAAACCUAAACUUCUGAGAAUCAACAUUGGAAAGAUCGCCAUCUUCCAUUCAGGCAAGGCCAAUGCUACCUUAUGCGGAGGAAACCUCUGUCAGAUGAUCGAUGAUGAUGGAAAUCUUGAGAUGACGGACUUCGAAGAUGCUGAUCAUUUGGAAUUAUCUGUCAAUUUCAGAGGAGGGGAUGGGGAACAGGCUUUCCAACAUUCCCAACUCUUCCGGACUUCACUUUGUGAGCCAUCUAUUAGUCUAAGAAUUGAGCUAGAGAUUGAAUGA